GAUUAGCCUGUCCUUUGGGGGAGCUGUCGGACUAAUGUUCUUGAUGCUUGGAUGCGCCCUUCCCCAGUACAACCAGUACUGGCCACUGUUUGUUCUGUUUUUUUACAUCCUUUCUCCUAUCCCAUACUGCAUAGCAAGAAGAUUAGUAGAUGACACAGAUGCUACAAGUAAUGCUUGCAAGGAGCUAGCAAUAUUUCUUACAACAGGCAUUGUUGUCUCAGCGUUUGGGCUACCGAUAGUGUUUGCAAGAGCAGAACUGAUUUACUGGGGUGCCUGUGCACUUGUUCUUACGGGGAAUACAGUCAUCUUCGCCACCAUCCUAGGAUUUUUCUUGGUUUUUGGCAGCAAUGAUGACUUCAGCUGGCAGCAAUGGUGAAAGGAAGAUAAGAGAACUAUCCCAGGCAUCUUGUCAUGCAGCGGCUAUCCAUGCAAAUGAGAGAAUGGGCAAUAAAGAGAAGUAGUGUAGCAAGCCUCUUGAGUAUUCUAGAUGCUCCUUUUCACCUUGUUUGUUCUGAGUGUACUACUGUUGCUGACAGGGUUUCUACAUUUUUAUGAAGUGGAGAGAUGAUUGAUUUCAUUUUUACCUAGGGUAUGUUUUUAGGUGCUCUCUUGGUUUAAAAUUGUCAUCCUUCUGUCCAGUGUUUAUGUGAAGCUUUAAAUCUGGAACAAGAAGAUUUAAACAUGGUUUCAAAGAAGAUUUAAAGGGUUGUGUUUUUUUUUUCUUUAAGUAUUAAUA